CAACGUCAUUGAAUUCCUAUUUCUCGUUCGUCUUCUAAUGGCCACAAAAACUUGUUUUUCCAUGUUGAUUAUUUUCAAUUUAACUUAAAAUUUUACCUACAAAAUAAAACAAUGUUUAUCUGCAUAUUAAUUAAAUAAACAAAUAAUUUAUGUCAAUUCCUUAAAUCUCUACCAACAAUCACAAUGAGAGCUCUUAUAAUUUUACUGUACUUAUUUCUUAUACUAGUCUUGCUAGCAAUAACAAUCUUCUUCAUCGCAAUCUUCGCUCUACGCCGGUGGAUCUUGAUAAGAAAAGCAAAAAUCCACAAAGGCAAGAACGACGUUAACGUCGGCAUCUUUCACCCCUAUUGCAAUGCCGGCGGUGGAGGCGAACGUGUGCUUUGGUGUGCUGUCAGAGCACUUCAGGCUAAAUAUGACAAUGUUAAGAUAAUUAUCUACACCGGCGACAUUGAUGCAUCCCCGAAUACGAUCCUAAACAAGGCCGAAGGAAUUUUCAACGUGUCAGUGGACCAGGACAACAUAAGCUUCGUCUAUCUCAAGAAACGCCAUUGGGUAGAGGCCAAGAUGUAUCCCUACUUUACGCUCCUCGGCCAGAGCAUUGGAUCGCUGAUUUUGGGCCUCGAAGGCCUGGCCAAGUUCCCUCCAGAUGUGUACAUCGAUACCAUGGGCUAUGCCUUCACUUUGCCCCUGUUUCGGUUCCUCGGACAGUGCAAGGUCGGUUGCUAUGUGCAUUAUCCCACAAUCAGCACUGACAUGCUGCGGCGAGUCCGGUGCAGGGAAUACGCGCACAAUAAUCAAACCUACGUCGUUAAGAAUCCAUUCCUCACUUGGGGAAAAUUAAUGUAUUAUAAAAUAUUUGCCAGGAUCUAUUCCUGGGUUGGCUGUCGAGCUCUCACAAUUAUGGUCAAUUCGUCCUGGACAGAGAAUCACAUAUUAGACAUGUGGAAUGCUCCAUUCAAAACACAUCGCGUCUAUCCUCCCUGCGAGGUUAGUCAACUCAAAUCAUUGCCAUUCACCGGGAAUGACGACGAACAAAUUGUCAUUCUCUCGGUGGGACAAUUUCGUCCAGAAAAAGAUCAUCCCCUUCAACUUCAAGCUCUCUACGAACUACGAACACUUCUCAACAAAGAAGAAGAUCUAUGGAGCAAGGUGAAACUUAUCAUCGCCGGUUCGUGUCGUCACGAAGAGGACUACGUGAGAUUGAAGAACAUGCAAGAUCUAUCCAAGCAUUUAUCACUAGAAAAUAAUGUAGAAUUCAAAGUUAAUGUGUCUUAUAAGGAACUCUUGAAAACCUAUCAAUCUGCCAAAAUUGGUUUGCACACCAUGUGGAACGAGCAUUUCGGGAUAAGCAUUGUCGAGUGUAUGGCAGCUGGGCUGAUUAUGGUGGCUAAUCGAUCGGGCGGGCCACUUUUAGACAUAAUCGAGACUUCUGAAGGCAGUCAGAACGGUUUUCUGGCUGUCGACGCAAUUGAAUAUGCCACUUGCUUUUAUAAUAUACUUCAUAAUACCAAAGAGGAUAAUCAAGCAAUACGUAAUGCAGCGAGAUCAUCAGUUGAACGCUUUUCGGAAAAAGAAUUCGAAGUUAAUUUCCUGAGAGCAGUGAGUCCACUCUUUAACAAAACAGAGUAAUUAUUUAUCAUUAUUAUUAAAUUAUUAUAUGAUAUGGUUUGCAAUAGAUAAAUAUACAUAAAAUAUUAUGUCGCAUUAUAUAAGAAUAAAAGUUUUAUCAUACAAACAAAA